GGAUGGCCGAGUAAAUGGUCUGAGAUCGUCACUCAUUUCCACAUAUAUAUAAGUGCCGGGUAAGUGUUGUACAUCGCUAUUCAUGCCACCUUUUGGGUAGCUUAAACUUCAUCAAUCAUCAAUCGUUACAUCGCUUCAGCUGCUGCUAUAAAAGCAUCAUGGCGAGGCCCAGGUCACUCAUCACGGUAGCCUCGAGGCCCAGGUCACUCAUCACGGUGGCCUCGAGGCCCAGGUCACUCAUCACGGUAGCCUCGAGGCCCAGGUCACUCAUCACGGUAGCCUCGAGGCCCAGGUCACUCAUCACGGUGGGCUGGACUCUUCUCUUGACCGCUGCCAUCGCUUCAGGCCAGAGCGACAAGUUGGAAGGUCGCCAGCACUGGUGGAACCUCGCUCAGAACGACUUAGCGGCCGCCCUCAGCGUGCGAGACAACUGGAAUGUGGCCAAGAACGUCGUCGUUUUCGUGGGCGACGGUCUGGGAGUGACCGCCAACACCGCCGCCAGGAUCUUCAAGGGACAGAAGAAGGGCAGGAGCGGGGAGGAAGGGUACCUGGUGUGGGACAGGUUCCCCAACACGGCUCUCCUCAAGACGUACAACGUGGACAAGCAGGUGCCAGACAGCGCUGCCACAGCCACCGCCUUCCUGUGUGGCAUCAAAGGUAACUACUACACCCUCGGGGUGGACCCCUCGGUGACCCAGGGCGACUGCGCCGCCAGCAAGAACCCCGCCUUCCAUGCAUCUUCCAUCCUCCAGUGGGCGCAAGAGGCGGGCAAAGACACAGGUAUUGUGACGACGACUAGAGUGACGCACGCCACGCCCGCCGCCGCCUACGCCCACUCCGCCGACCGCGACUGGGAGUGCGACUCCAACCUCGGCAAGAAGGGCGCAGGCUGCAAGGACAUCGGCGCCCAGCUGAUAACGGAGGCCCCCGGCAGGAAUAUCAAGGUGAUCCUCGGAGGCGGACGGCAGGCGCUCGGGGCGAGUCACGGCGUUGACAGCAACUCGUCGUGUUCGCGCCGCGACGGCCGUGACCUGACCAAGGAGUGGCUGAACGACAAGUUCACGCGCGGUCUCACGGCUCGCUACGUCACAACCUCCGGGGAGCUUGACAGAGUCGACCCUCGCCACACUGAAUAUCUCCUAGGACUGUUCGACGACUCUCACUUACCUUACGAGAUAGAUCGGCUGGUUGGAGCUUCAGGGUCCCCGUCGCUCAAGGACAUGACCGUCAAGGCCCUGAGGUUCCUCAGGAAGAACAGGAACGGGUUCUUCCUUCUGGUUGAGGGAGGCAGGAUCGACCACGCCCUCCACGACAACCAGCCCCACCGCGCCCUGGAGGACACCCUGGCCAUGGACAGCGCCGUAGCUGCAGCGCUCAAGGAGAUCGACUUGGAGGAGACGUUGCUGGUGGUGACCGCGGACCACUCCCACGUGAUGACCAUCAACGGGUACCCAGACCGCGGAAACGACAUUCUUGGUAUUAGUGGAGAUAUAUCAAAGGUGGACGGCCUGCCCUACACCACCCUUAUGUUCACCAACGGCCCAGGAUACAACUACACCGUUAACAGGAACCAGGUGCGGCGGCCGGACCCCAGGCUGAUCAACACUAAACACCCAGACUACCGCUUCCUGGCGGCAGUCCCCACGCCGCCCAACGAAGAGACACACGGCGGGGAGGACGUGGCCGUCUGGGCAGCAGGACCGAUGGCUCACCUGUUCCACCGGACCCACGAGCAGAACUACGUGGCCCACGUCAUGGCCUACGCGUCGUGCAUGGGGCCCAGCCUGAACCGGUGCGAGCGGCCAGCCCACGCCUCCUUCACCAGGGGCCCCGUGCCGGCGGCCAAGCCUCCGCCGCCGCCUCCUCGCCCGCGUCCCGCUGCGGUGCACGUCGCCCCCGCGGUCACCGCCACGGCGUUUCGGACGUCGGGAGGUUUACCCAAGUUUCCUACCUUGUCGCCCGUGUUGCAGCAGUUGCUGAACGACAAUGAACAGAAGAUUGUGACGGCUCUUGGCACGGAGUCCGUGAAGAGUUUCUCAGCCACCUCAGACGUCCGGCAGCUCCUUGGCCGGAACGUGGUGCUGCCCCACGGCCAGUAGGCAGCUCAGCCUCCACGGGUAAAGACCUUCAAAGAUUGUUGGGGGUGACGUUUAAGGAAGGUCGCGCCUCGGCCGCCCACAUUCAGACGGCCGGCUGCGGGACGUGGGGCUGAAGGUCUCCUUCUAGAUGUUCCUCAAUACCUCGGCAGCUUCUGAGGCUCUAAAUAACUUCUUUAAAGACUCGACGGAUCUUUUUUUUGAGUCUCAAGAUGACGUGUGAUCAUCGUCUUGGCCAUCUUCACCCUCCGGGAGACCCACGAGCUUCUACUUGAUGUCUCACAUUUGUUUCUUAAUUUUCUCACGCGGUUUAUUUUGUAGAUAUGAAGCCUCAAUCUGCCUAGUAUGUGACGGAUACACAUACAACAUGUAUAUAUGUAUAUACGUGUAUAUACGUAUACAUAUACAUGUAUAUACGUAGUUAUAUUGUUCAGAGUGAGCUAUGGAACUGUGUUCAUCUUAGCAGCUAGUCUACCGUAGUCUGUAAACGCAGCUUAUUGGUUCUAUAUCUACAAUAUAAAGUAUACUUUUCAGGGAAACAUCUACUUCGUAAAUUGUGACUGUUAAGUGGCCCUACCUGUUAGUUCCUAGUGCGUGUUAUGGUAACAAUUGUUGCUGAAACUACAUUACUUUAUCAUGUCAAGCAGAGUUCCAGGCGGCAAGCGAUAUACCCUCUGGUAUAAUGUCUCGGGGUUAUCUACUAUAUUGGGCCGUCGAGUGUACAGAAUAAUUUGCCAAAAAUCUUUUAAGCAAUGUUAUAUUUUGUUCCCCCUUAAGUAUCGCAUCAAAUCUGAGGCGAGACAGUUUAGAAUCUGGCCAAUGGCACUCUACGAGCCAAGAUAAAUGGCGUUGCAGACAAUGCCCCACAACAACGGAACUGGCCAUUUAUACACCCAACAAACACAUUCGAGAAGGGGAAGAAUCCAGUGGGCAAAACAUGCUCGGGUAAUGUUUAAUAAUGAAUGUUAGAACAUCGUUUUCAAUGUUGAUUUAAUGUUACGUCAACGUCAUUUGGCCAGAUGUUUGCCCUGGGGGAAAAGUGACAAGGCUUCGGGGUUUUUUCCCUGGACCGAAAUCGAAUGCUUGAAAAUAUUCAAACAAUAAUUAACCUCACGACAACUAUCUUAAAAAAAAGUGAACUAUAUCUAUUAUCUUUUAUUAUUAAUAAGGAGCAUCAUGAUGUUCAACAGCUGUGUUGCGCAUUUUAUUAAUUCAUUCCUUUGCGUACAUCUUAUUAUUUUUUUCAUCUGAACGCUUCUUCGAAUAUCUAUAAUUUGUUUCCUUACUAAACUUUCGUAUAUUAGAGGCAGGCACCUUAGGCCUUGGAAAGCAAUUUAAAAAUCAAGUGAAAUACUAGUAAAGACUUUGUAUAAUGAACAAUAGGAUUAUAGUACAACUCAAAUGAAAACUUACAGUGCUUUAAUAGUCACCGAAACCGAAAAGCUACGCAAAGGUACUCAUCGAUUUAGAAAACAUUUAUGUUUCUCUUCUAUAUUUUUUUGUUAUAAUACAACUUUUAAAUGAAUAAGUUCGUUCUGGACAUUAACUUUAAGCCACUGUAAUAUAAAAUGACCUUCAGAAACACAUUAGUAUCCUAGUGUAAACAAUGUGGCUUUAUGAAGUGUUCGCUAAGUACAAUAAUGACUUCCGUGUGACAAAAGGUCCCCUGACCAGGGCUAACUAUACUGACAGGGUUAAAAAAUCCUAUUUUCACCCUUGUCAGAUUUCACGCUAUACACCCUUGUAUACCCCAGGGUGAAACCCUCAACCGUUGCCUAACUCCCGGGUAUCUAUUCACUGAUAGUCAAACAGAGGCAUCAGGUGACGGGAAAACGAUACCCAAAUGCUUUUUGUCCUUGCUACGAGAAUCGAACCCGGGAUGUCUGGGCUGUGAUCUGAUUGUCUGUGCUUAUCUGUAUUUGAAUGUGCCGAAUCCAAACGCGUUCUUUGUUUCAAAAUAACAUGGCGGAAACAGAGAUAUAUAUUUUUUGUUUACUAUUAAACGUAAGCGUGUGGUGUAGAGGUGAAUUUGCAACUACUGUUGUAAUUACUGUAUUUAAUGUAAUAUUAUAAAAUAGAUUUAUAUUG